AUGAAUUACCCUACAACCAAACAAAAUUUUAUUCAUAGAUUGACUCGAUGUCUUGUGGACUCAUUGGCCAAGCCAUUGAGUGAACUGAUCGAUAUCUUGUUAGAGUCUAUGAUUUAUACAAACCAUACCCGUCAUCAUGCAUUGAUCAAUUUUUUACUUAAUAUUAGAGAAACAAUGGAAACAUGGGGAUCUCAAAGGAAGAAAGUUUUGAAUACUUAUGCAUUAAUUGUUAAAUUCCUUGAAACGAUUGAUCAAUUGAAUAAUAAUAUGUUGCAAUCACUUGAAUUGACAAUUAAACAAUGUUUCCAUUUUUUCAAAAAUUUCUUUGAUUCAUAUCAAAUGUUUCAUAAUUUAAUAAAUCAUAUGGAUAAUGAAAAAAAUCUUAACGAAACAAAAUUUGUAUCAUCAAUUAAAAGCUUUAUUUCCUUUAAUAAACAAUGGUAUAUUGAUUUAAUGAUUCGUUCAUCCGGUUAUAAAGAAUUUUUAUUGACAAAGAUUAAAAUCUUUUCAAAUAAUAUCAACGGUAUUGAUCAUCGUAACAGUAUCAUUGAAAGUGACCUAUUUAAAAAAUUCCUCCUUAAAAGGAAACAAAGACUCCUAGCAGAAUCUCUAAUAAAUAAAUAUAGAUCAUGUAUAAUAUAA